UAAUAAUUCGAGGUGCCGGCCGGUUCGGUUCUCGGCGACCGGCGCUACUCUGUGGCCAGUCCGGGAAUUCGCUCCGAUGAGGGUGCACGCGUCUCGAUCGCUGGACACGACGAACGCGCGUACGCGAGUGAAUUCAAAAACUAACGAGAGCGAAAUUUAAAAAAAAAAAACAAAAACUUUUUUUUUCGUAUUAGUGAAGGUGUGAACAUGAGGUGUUUUAUGGUGUUUUUGAGCGUGGUCGCGGUGGUCAGGGCCGCCGCCGGAGCCGCUACUUCCUGCGCCCAGUCUGAGGCUUACUUCUCCAGACACAAUAUAUCAGCUGGUGACGACCAAGAACCAGGUCAAAUAUGCGGUGGUCAGUGCUGUGGUCGAGGGCGGGAAGCAAACCUCAGAGCAGCAUUACGCCGAACAGCCGAAGAGAGCAUUGCGAUAUCCACCGUAAGGACUGCUGAACUAAUGCUCUCCACCAGGCGGACGUUGCAAGAGCAUCUCUUGGGACUAUCGCAUCGAUCUCAAAACAAAACAGCGGUACUCUUCACGCAAUUGUACCGCGGGCACGCGACGAGGACUCACACUCCUCUGGCGACCCUCUAUGACGACAUACGAACUCUCCUACGAUCGAGUUCCGAGCAUGACGUCAUAACCGACAUCGUCAACACGAGGCAUCCUAAAGAUUUGGUCACCAGCGCAAGGAAGUUCUUCAGAGAUCUAUUCCCGGUUGCGUAUCAAAACGCACUCAGACUAGACUCGAAGCAGUUCACGCCGGAGUACGAAGCCUGCCUCAAAGAUGCCUAUGACGCCGUCCAGCCCUUCGGAGAAGUUCCGCAACAGCUCGGCGUUUCCCUGUCUCAGUCCCUGGAGGCAGCGCGAGUGCUCUUGGACAUGCUCGCGGUGGGCGCCGGCGCUCUGACCUCCGCCAACCACGUGCUCGCCGGUAUUAACGAGGAAUGCUCCAACAAGCUACUCCAGGCCGCUGGGUGUGCGCGCUGCGCUGGAUUCGACGCGAGACCAUGCAGGAACUACUGCUUGAAUAUCGCUCGAGGGUGUAUUGGAUCUCUCUUGGUAGAGCUAGACGGGCCAUGGUCUAGCUACGUGGAAGGAGUGGAGCAGCUCACCAGGAUAGAUGCUGACGUCGCACUACGAGAACUCGACACCAAAGUAUCAAAAGCAAUAAUGUACGCUCUCGAGAACAGAAACAUUUUGGAGAAUAAGGUACGUCAAGAAUGUGGUCCUCCGUCGACUGUGGACUCCGGUCUCACGCCGGCCCCACCCACGCCUGGUUCGGUGAGACGAGACGACUUCCGAGCGCCGCCUCCGGACACGGAGCUUCUCCAAUUCGCGGCGACCCUCGCUUCCACAAAGAGGCUGUUCAGCACUGUCGCGGACAGGCUGUGUGACGAGACCGACUUCGUUGAUGACGUCAAUGAACACUGUUGGAACGGACAGGCCAUUGGCGAAUACUCGAAACCAUUGGUGCCUUCAUCGACACUUAGCAACCAGAAGUAUAAUCCUGAGAUCACACUGAACCCACCACAGGACCCGCGUCUUCUUAACAUUGCCGAUAGACUGCAGCAAGCCAGACAGUUGCUGAUCUCACACGCGGGGACCGGGGGGGCGCAAGCUGAGGCUUUCAUGCAGGGAGAUGAGGCAGGCGAAGAAGGGUCCGGCUCUGGUCGAAGUUAUCCCGAAGACGACGGAUCUUAUGACGCCGAGGGUUCAGGUGAAGAGGGAUCUGGCUCCGACGACGAUGUGAGCAGAACAAUGGCCGGCGAGAAUCGAGGAGGCUCCGCUACGUAUUCUUCGACUGAACGAACGCAAGCCGCCACUAACACACGACCAUUCCUCUCAGUUAUAUUUGCAACACUGAUCUUAGCUGCUUUUGGACAAUGCGUUACAUAAGACGGGCUAAUUUCCCGCUUUCUGAAUAGUAAUAAGCACAGGCACUAGAAUGUAUAAUGGGAAUUAAAAUGCUCUGACAACACAAGUACACAAACGCGAGCUCGCUGUUGCCAAUUAUUAAUCUACUAAAUAAACUCAAUUGGCGCCACGAGGAAUCCGCGAGCACACAGCCGGUUCUCAAUAGUACGCGCGUACACAACCAAAAAAAUAUGUACAUACUAUUUUUGUGAAACAAUAAUAAAUUAUCGUUCAAAUCAGUCAAGCUACAAACUGUAGCUCACAACACAUAUUGUUAGUUAACGUUGUCUUGGUGUAUGAUCUGUGGUUAGCUCAAUCAAAGCAAGCUAACCAUAGAUAAUACACAUAUUUCUUUUGAUUCCAUAAUUUUUCAAUUUUAUUUAUUGAAAGCAUUGGCAACACGGUCAUCAGCUUAAACUAAUUUUACAAAAAAAUAGAAAAUGAACUAGGACUUACAAUAAAAACACAAAUAAAAGAAACAAACCAAACCAAGAAAUAAUUACAAAUCAUUGAGAACAACAAAUUAAUUACAAAAGGAAUUACAAGAACUUACAUUAUGAAAAAAAUUAACAAGUUUUCUUUCAACAAACAACAAAACAUUGAUUCCAUAAUAUGACGUCACAGAUAAUGUAGGUACGUAGCUUGCAUUUCGUGAGUUAGGUAAAGUAUGUUUUAAGUGAUUGUGAGAAGUAGGAUAUUUCUGAUUUCCUUUUACCAUGAAACUUGAUAAAAUUUAAUACUAAUACUUGCUGCUUUGUUUUAAAAGCAAUUAUGUAUUCAGUUAAAUUUUAAUGUCAACUGUGAACAGCGUUUGUGUACUUGAAUAUGUUCAAAGCGUUAGUGUUGUGACACGUAAAGCAUAUCAUUUGUGUGAAGUGUGAUCGUGUGUGAUUCAGUCUUUCGUGUUACAUUUUACUAGAAUUUAUUCAGUUUGUAUUUUAAUUUAGCUUCGAAAAUUCGUGCAAAUUAGUAAAGGCACUCCCCCGAAUUUUUGUAUUUUUCUGACGUUUCGACUGCAUCCCCCUGUUUGGGUGUUUUAAUUUUGUCUAUGAAUUUGAAAUAUUUUGAAAAAGUGGUUAAUCAAUACGUCUACAACAAACUUUAAUACUGUACACGAUACGUGUUAUAAUUCAUCAUAGUAAAUUUCGAAAAUAUAUUGUUGAAUUAAUCUAGUGCAUAUAUCAAUAUGUAAUUAUAGGGAAAAGAUAUUAAUAUAAAAGACAAUUAACUCAACGUUGAGUUCUAAUUUAGCAAUAAAAAAAUAUGAUAUUAUUCAUGAAGACUUUGAUUACCUAAAAUAUAAAAUUCUCUAUUUUUUUGUUUGUUGGUAACCCUGAUGAUGUUUGAUUGGCAACCGUUGGCUUAAAGGUCUAGUAACCGGGCCAUAAAAUUACAAAAAAGAUAAAAUUGGCAACCGUUAUUAAAAGCUUGUCACUUGAAUGCAAAUAAGAGUUACGUGCCAAUUGCGAUCAUGAAACAAAGAAGAAAACAGUUUUGCGAAAGACGCUACUUAGAUAUGGGUUUUAAAGUUUACAUGAAUAAUAAAAAGACUUACAUCGGUGUCACUCACAUUUAUUCCUUAAUGUACUAAAUGUGAGAAAAAAAUGACUCUUUGACGAGAAGUCCUAUUGUUCAACUAGUCCCGAGUUUUUUCUGCGUUGUUGUAAAAAAAUGUAGAUAAUCUUAACACUUAAAUGUGAAGAACAUAUUGUGUUAUGCUGGUCUAAAAAUAUUACCUUUUUAAUAAAGAAAAUAGUUUUACAGUAAUUAAGUUGUGCUAAUUAUUUAAUGUAGGGUCGUCAUUAAUGAUUUUCGAAAUCUAAAUUUUAAAAGUAUAUCAGCACUAGGGAUGUUUUAAAUAAAUCGAAUGACUUUUGGACCUUCAUAACAAAUCAUAUUCGAAAUUGGAAUUUUAAAAUUAUAAAUAUUAGGUAUUUGAUCUAAUGAUCUUACGUCUGGAAGGACUUAACUACAAAAUACAUAUUAAAUUCUCGUAUCCGAUGCAUUUAUCUAGCCGACAGACACUUCAAAGUUUGUAACUUGUAUAUUGCAUAUCGAUAAUAUAAGGUAAUUUUUUUUUUAAAUAAAUUAUCAUAUUAUUAGAUAAUCUUUUGAAAAUGUAGCAAGAGCUAUAACCGUUCUUUUUGUAAACGACAAAGCGAUUUCAUUGAUUUAAUACAAUAAUAAUUUACUUACAUUAUUUAUUACUGCUCUGCUAUCGGAGAAAGGUUUUAUUAUUUUAGAGUACUUACUAAAUAUAACAAUAUGGAUGAAAAGUGGUGGUGGUAGGUGAUUUUAAUGGUGGUAGGGUGUAUUGUGAGCCCGCACGGGCAGAUACCACCACCCUGCCUAUUCCUGCUGUGAAGCAGUAAUGUUUCAGUUUGAAGGGUGGGGCAGCCGUUGUACUGAACUGAGACCUUAGAACUCAUGUCUCAAGUCCAUGUCUAUAUUUAUAUAUCUCAUUCGAAUCAUCUGGGCCGUAAGUUAUCCCAUCUAAGCAAUCAAUUUAAAAAAGUUUUUUUUUAUUGCUUAGAUGGAUGGACGAGAUCACAGCCCACCUGGUGUUAAGUGGUUACUGGAGCCCAUACACAUCUACAACAUAAAUGCGCACCCACCUUGAGAUAUAAGUUCUAAGUUCUCAAGUACAGUUACAACGGCUGCCCCACCCUUCAAACCGAAACGCAACCGAAAGCAGAUAUAUUUUAAUAUAAAUCAAUAUUUUCACUAAAACAAAUUGCUGUGUCACGCUAAUAAUUCCAACUUUAAGAGUUGUAGUAAUAAAUUACAUUAUGGAUCUUAGGUUCAAUAUAGAGUACUUUUAUUAUUGCAAACAGUUAGAUAAGCCUUACUCGGUCGAAGUCUGAAUUUGAAUAACGAGUAUCCUUGAAUCCGGAUUAUUGCUUCGCGGCAGAAAGACAGGGCGGCUGGAAGUAUCCACGUUCACUUCGAAAACCCUCCGAUUACAUUGUCAGUUUUCAAUUUAAUUUUUUAUUCCUUAGCCGCUGAAGGCGCAUCUACCUAAUUACGUAUUUAAAAAAAUCAAUUUCAUCCAGGAUCAAACUUAGCUAAACUACGAAUUUAAUUACCUUCUACUCAGGUGAUGUGGUUUCAUAAAAUGCGUGUUUUUAAAUACGCUAUUAUUGAAUUAAAUCAAUGUUUCUCUCUUAAUGUUGUUGGCAAAACUGGCAGUAAAUUAAACACGUCAAAAUAAAAAAGUAUAACGACCAUAGGUGUGUUGUACAGAUUAUGUAAAUAAUAUAAAAAAACCUACAGUAAUAGGUGCUUAGCUAGUAAAUACGUUGCCAUAUUGUUAUUACGGAUAUUAUUUAUAAUAUGGUUUAAGUUAUAUUUUUAAUCGGAUAUUGUUUUAUGUGAUAAAAACGAUGAUAUUUAAUUGAAUAUUUUUUCCCGCAAAAUUGUUUUGUUUUUAUGAUUCUAUGAUUUUAUUGUGUCAAUUUCAAAACAAUACUACUGAAUUACUCGCUAAAUAAUAAUAAACUUGCUUUUAAAGUGAUACUGUCAAUAUUUUGGCAGAUUCGUGGUUUGAAAACAUUUCCAAAUGGUAAUGAAAGCGUAAUAUUUUCGUUUCUUCUAAAAUGUUACGUGAUUUAUGUGAUUCUAGUAUAUGGUACUAUGUGGUAGUUUAAUAGAAUUACAUAAAUCACGUAACAUUUGCAAUAGUUUGAAAUCACCAAUAUUAAGCGUUGCAAGCACGGGAUGAAACAACAAAAAAUUGACUGAUAGUUUUAGAAAACCCAAUAAAAAUUCCAAAUUAAAAAAUCGUAUGACAAUCUUUUACAGAAAUUAUUUAGAAUAAAUUUAAGUUAAACUGUUUAUAUUUGGAACGAUUAAAAAGUAAUAAAUUCAGAUUUCUUACACCCGAAACUAAAGUUGCUAAUUCCUUAACUAAUUCUGAAUUUUAUUUUAACUAUAUCCCUAAAGGGCAACAUACUACUUUAGGUAUCUAUAAUUUUUUUUAAAUAUAGAUUACAUUAUCCUUUUUAAAAUUAAUCAUUGUAAUCAAUUUACUCAUUUAUCCGCAUCACUACAUAUAAAAUGCAAUAAAUAUACAACGGGCCUACUUUAAAAUGGAGCCUAAUUGAAAUCAGAAUUUUUGAAAUUUACAGGGUUCAAGGGAACUGUUCCGAAAACGAAAAUUCUCUUACAAUAGUUCUGGUAAUUUCUAGUACGAUAACGUACGUACUUAAGCAACCUGUUUGACAAAAUUUAAAAGUAAUAAAACGUAAAAUAGUUAUAUUUAGCUAUUAAAUAAAUUCUGUUUUUUCUUUAGGUUAUACAUCACGUAUUCCCUUUCCGCUUUCGGAAACGGUUACCUUACACCCUGUAUUCUUACUACAAUAAAAAAAAACGUAGCUACAGAAAUUAUAGCAAAAAUUCGCUUUAAAAUUUAGGAAGAAAUAAACUUAAAAAAAAUUACGGCCGCCAUUUAAUGGCGCGUUGUGAAUCGUUUUUUUUUUUGUAAAUGAAUUGUAGUUGUAGUAUAUAGAAUUCAGCUCGUUGUAGUGUGAGGACCAGAUAAGGAAUGCGAGAUAUUUUGACGUUAAGCGAUAUGUAAUUUAUAAUAAAUAGAAACUCCUUUCUAAACUAAAGUUUAAGACCUGUACACAAUGAAUUUUUUUUUUAAUUUGAAAUAUCGAAUCUUUUCUUGAUUUAAAAAUAAAGUUUUAAUAAUAUACCUACAAGUUUUGAAAUACCCUUAACGCAAAAUAUCUUAUUGUAAAAUGUAAAUAUUGUUGGAGAGGUAGUGUGUGUAUGAUAAUUGCUGUUAUAUAUCUGAAUAUUAUAAAUUGAAUAAAUAAAAAUUAUGAAUGUACUACAAAA